UCAGAAAUUUUGGUUGGUCAGAGUUGCACCCCGGCACCUGGCCAGCCACGAGGACGACGACGAGAAGCCGAGGAGGCCAGACUACAAUUCCUCCUCCUCUUCUUCCUCCUCCUCCUCUUCUUCUUCCUCCUCGCCGCCGCUGCUUCUGCCACUUGGUUCUUGUUAUAUACCAGAGAGCUUGCCACCACCAAACCAUAGCUGCUGCUGCUGCUGUCGCUUAUGGCCGGGGUGCAGGUGAUGCCGGCGGUGGGGGCGGUGGCCACCGUCGACGUGAGGGCGGAAGGGAGCUGCAGGGCGGCCGGGCAGAGGCGGCGGUCGGGCGUGAGCCUGUUCGCCGGAGACUGGAGGCGGCGGCCUCGCCGGGCGGCGUGCACGGCCAGGGUGAGGGGCAGGAGCAGGCGGCAGCAGCAGGGCCUCGCCGUCGUCUGCAACCUCGCCGGAAACUACGAGGAAGGAUUCGAGGACGUCCAUGUGCAAUUGAUGAAUUUCUUCACCUACAAAGCCGUGAAGACCGUGCUCACCCAGCUCUACGAAAUGAACCCACCAAGCUACCGAUGGUUCUACAACUUUGUUGCUGUAAACAAGCCUACAGAUGGGAAACUCUUCCUUCGUGCUCUGGGCAAGGAGAGGCAGGAGCUUGCAGAGCGAGUGAUGAUAACCAGGCUUCACCUGUACAGCAAAUGGAUCAAGAAAUGUGACCAUGCAAUGAUGUACGAGAGGAUAUCCGACGAGAACCUGGCGUUGAUGCGAGAGCGGCUCAUGGAGACUGUCAUCUGGCCAACAGACGACACCAACACAGAGAAGAUUGGCUAAAAACAAAGCUUUUGUCUGCCUGACGCAUACACCUCCUUUUUGAGUUGCUGAACUUAAUUAAAAACUUUAGCUCGAUAGGUAGAGCAAUUCUUAUUCCUGCUUGAGUCAGAUGUAUGUAUGUAUGUAUAUUAAGUGUACAAUUAAUGUCUCAACCAGCCAGUGUAAUAGUAUGAGUACAAAUUCAGAGUCCAUUCAGAGUUAUAGAUUAUGAUCUAGCUGAGUGUGUGUGUGCUAAUGUUUGGUCCAUUUCAUCGACACUGUACAAGUACAGCGUAGUAACCUGUAAUUUGGACCAAUUAAGUUCGUCGAUACAAUUUAGUCA